GUAUCCUUCUUGCAUACAGUUGUCGCUCUCGAAGCACGUAAUUCAGCUCAACCGGCCGCGGCCUUGACUCGAACACCGUGAUAUCCAGUACACUGGCAACGGAUUCAUCGCGCCAAUAUUUCAAGGAAAGCACGAAUAGCACGCAACAUGCGACCAAUAGUCGGAAUCGUGCCGGAUUAACUUUGUACAUGGCGGUGGUGAAGUAGUGUCAGCUGAGGAAUCCGGCGGCCCUCUUAUCUCACGACCACCAUGUUCCGCCUGGGAUUGGGGAGACAGCCAUGGCGCUUCCCAGCUGUCCAGCGACGCCUCUACGCUGCAAAGAGGCCGAUUCCUAAGCUCGUCACGACGGGGCCCAGCACUUUUUCCCGAUACUCGCCUUGGUCACCUCAUUUCGCAUAUUCCUGGAAAGCACGAAGCUUUCUGCAGGGAGUCACGUACGCUAUUGGACUACUCCUCGCGACGCAGUACGUGGACACGAUACUCUUCUCCAAUAUCGACAAAGGAUACGGUACUGAACGCGAAAUAAGAGUUGCUAUUGAGAAGCUCAAGCUCGCGUUACCUGGAGAGGACACUGUGUCGACCGACCCGGAGGUCCUUAAGUCUUAUGGCUCAUCGGACAACUCGUACCACCCAGCGUCCCCGCACUCAGCUGUGGUUCGGCCUAGCAGCACGGAAGAUGUGGUGAAAAUUGUUAACAUCGCUCGAGAAUAUAGGGUACCCAUUGUCGUAUCGGCUGGUGCUACGAGUCUUGAAGGUCAUUUCUCUGGGGUGUCAACUGGGAGCAUAUGCGUCGAUGUGUCUGGGAUGGAUAAAAUUAUUCAGAUAAAUGAGGCGGACUCCGAUCUCGUUUGUCAAGCAGGUGCCAGAUGGGAAGACAUCAACCAAGCGCUCAAAGAACAAGGGAUCCCGCUUUUCUUUCCUCUUGACCCAGGACCAGGCGCGACAAUCGGUGGUAUGGUUGGAACUGGCUGCAGUGGAACUAAUGCAGUUAGGUACGGCACAGCAAAGGCUGAGUGGUUUUUAAACUUGACUGUUGUUCUUCCCAAUGGCGAAGUGAUCAAGACAAGACGCCGGUCGCGCAAGUCCGCCGCUGGAUUUGAUACCACUAAGUUGUUCAUUGGUGCUGAGGGCACAUUGGGUAUAGUUACGGAAGCCACACUUCGACUGGCCCCACUGCUCCCAACGAAAGUAGCCAUGGCGCAGUUCCCUUCAAUAGAUAAAGCUGUGGAUGCCGUGCAGGAAAUACUUAAUUCACCUUACGGCGCCAACUUCCAAUGCGUCGAACUUCUGGAUAACAACAUGAUGAAGGCUAUAAACACGAGCGGAGUCAUCGAACACACGUAUCCAAUUAGCGACACCCUAUUUUUCAAGAUACAAGGAUCACCCCUGUCGAUCAAGUUGGCAGCAAAAGAAGCCCAGGAAAUCACCAAAAAGCACUCCAGCUCCCACUUCGUGUUCGCAAAGACUGACGAGGAAGCCGCUGAUUUAUGGAGGAACAGGAAACAUGCUCUGACGUCGUCGAUAGCUUAUGCAGGCCCCGGUGCAAAAUGUUGGACUACGGACGUUUGCGUUCCCGUCUCGCGCCUUCCUCAGCUCGUGGCAGAGUCGAAGAAAGACCUUGAGGAGGCUGGCAUUUCGAGCACUAUCGUGGGACAUGUUGGCGAUGGCAACUUCCAUGCGCUGUUGCUGUUCAAGAGUGACGACGAGCUGGGGAAAGUGAGCGAUGCCGUUCAUCGCAUUGUACAUCGAGCUAUUGCUUUGGAUGGAACGUGCACCGGGGAGCAUGGUGUUGGAGUCGGUAAAAAGGAAUAUCUCAUCGAUGAGCUAGGUGAGGGUACAGUGGAAUUAAUGAAGACGAUCAAAAAGGCCGUUGAUCCUCAAAAUCUUCUCAAUCCCGGCAAGCUGUAUCCGGAUGGGCCGCCGAAGAAAGCGACCAAGUAAAACGGAAGCACGUCUUCAGCGGAUUUUAAACUUUCCGUCUACUACCGUCUCCUGGAAUAGGACGUGAUCGAUGCCCGCAUAACUACUUAGAGGACAUAGAGAGUACUUAAUGUAUCUUGUACAAGUGCGAUAUUUAUCAAGUCUUGUAUCACUUAGCUAGAACCAAAGCCUCCUAGACCUAGUUUUCCGACAGCCGAGCAUGCUACCGGUGCUGAUAUGCCGAAUAAUGGGAUCCACACCUGAAUGAUACGUAG